UCUAUUUUCAUUUUAUACUACGGCCGACGGCAGCGACAGAGACGGACGGAGAGAGAGAGAGAGAUGGCGGACGAAGACGUCUCCCCUCAAUCUUCCUACCAUCGGAACGCCAUCAAGACUUCAGUGCACAAUACUUCUGCACAGCGGAGGCGCCAGCUUGCUGUUGCUGUAGGAAAAGAAAGAAGAGAGGCUUUAAUACGGACAAAACGUUUGUGCCGAGAAGCACUUUUUGAUGAUAAUGAAGCUUCGCUGGAGGGUAACAUGAACAUUGAUGAAGAGAGAGCAGUUUUGAAUGCUCAAGCUUCUCAAAUUAUAGAGGAUUUGAAAUCUGCUAUGACAUAUCAGGGAAAAGGGGCUGCACAGAAGAAAGUAGAGGCACUACGUGCACUGAGGCGGUUGUUAUCAAAAUCUGAAAUUCCUCCUGUCAAAGCAGCUCUCCAAGCUGGAGCUGUUCCUCUCCUGGUGCAGUGCUUAUCUUUUGGAUCACCAGAUGAACAGUUGCUUGAGGCAGCUUGGUGCCUUACUAAUAUAGCAGCUGGGGAACCAGAAGAAACAAAGUCGUUAGUGCCUGCAUUACCUUUGCUUGUAGCCCACCUUGGAGAGAAGAGCUCGGUGCCUGUUGCUGAGCAGUGUGCUUGGGCAUUGGGAAAUGUUGCUGGUGAAGGAGAUGAGUUGAGAAACAUUUUACUUGCACAAGGAGCUUUAUUACCCCUUGCACGUCUAAUGAUGUCUGAUAAAGGUUCUACAGCAAGGACAGCUUCUUGGGCCUUAUCAAAUCUCAUUAAGGGACCUCAACCUAAUGCUGCGACAGAACUUAUAAGAAUCAAGGGGGUGCUGGAUGCAAUCAUACAACACCUAAGAAACUUGGACGAUGAAUUGGCCACCGAAGUGGCAUGGGUAAUCGUGUAUCUUUCAGCUCUUUCAGAAGCUGCUGUUCGUUUGCUGGUGAAAAGUGAUGUUGUUCAUCUUCUAGUUGGAAAGCUAGCUUCCUCUGAGAGUUUGCAGUUGCUCAUUCCAGUGCUUCGCAGCUUAGGCAAUCUAGUAGCUGCUGAUAGCUAUAUGACCGACAUGGUCCUUGUCGUUGGACAUAAUACUACAGACCAAAUACUAUUGGGGUUGAUAAAAUGUUUAAAAAGUGAGCAUCGAGUAUUGAAAAAGGAGGCUGCAUGGGUUCUAUCUAAUAUAGCAGCAGGAUCAGUUGGACACAAGGAGUUGAUAUUUUCUAGUGAGGCCACACCUUUAAUGAUACAUCUUCUAUCAAGUGCACCAUUUGACAUCAGAAAGGAAGUUGCAUAUACUCUAGGGAACCUCUGUGUUGCCCCAGCAAAGAAUGCAGAGCAGCCAAGCAUAAUUGUGCAUCAUUUAGUGGCACUUGUCAACCGUGAAUGCAUUUCUGCGUUUAUACAUUUGGUUAGAUCUGCUGAUAUACAAAGCGCAAAGUUGGGACUCCAGUUUUUGGAGCUGGUCAUGAGGGGAAUGCCAAAUGGGGAAGGUCCAAAGCUGGUUGAAAGGGAGGAUGGGAUCGAUGCAAUGGAGAGAUUCCAGUUUCAUGAGAACGAGGAAAUGAGAAACAUGGCAAAUGGUUUGGUGGACAAGUACUUUGGGGAAGACUACGGCCUCGACGAAUAAGGAUGCUUGCUUCGACGGCACUGCCUUCCUCUACAUCCUUCCGUUCAGUUCCUCGCUGCUGCCAUUGUUUGGUGCAUAAACUGAGGUCUUUUUUGCAGGAUGAGUCGAGUGUCAAUGUAAGUAAUGAUCAUACAUUUAAACAAUUGUUCAUCGUAAAGGGUUUUAUUUAACC